GCUGGGCCAUUAACCAAAGUGACGAUUUGUACGAACAAGGGAGGAAAAUCUAAGUCUUUUGGAUUAGUCUGCUUUAAGCACAAAGAAUCAGUGCCUUAUGCAAUAGCUUUGCUGAAUGGAAUCCGUUUGUAUGGAAGACCAAUUAAAGUGCAGUAUCGUCUUGGGAGUUCUUACUCACCAGAACUAAACAGCCCUACAUGUGGUUUUGAGAAUUCUAAUGACUUAUAUUCACCUUCAUAUAGGUAUCAAGAGCCUUAUGGAAAUCCUCCAUUUCCUGUUACUCCUUUUCCAAUGAGCAAUAGUUUACCUCACGAAUACUCAGGUUUUCAAAAGAUGAAUGAAGCUGCAAGUUCUAAGUCUGCACAGAAUUCUUCUGAAUUGGCCCUGCCACAUUCAAGUGACUGUGAAGUGCAUCAGGUGGAUGAAAGCACCUUUAAAAGAAAGAGAAAACAGCAAAGAUGUGACGGUGACACUGGUGGUGAUGAUGACAAAGUGAGAAAAAGAAAGCGCGACCGAAAACGCAAGAAGCGCAAAGCCAAGAAGAAGAGGCGUUAA